AUGUCCCUUAAUCAGUCCCGGGCGGAGAAGAGCGAGACGCAUCUGAGAAAGGCCGGCCGAUUUGGAAGCUCCGGCAACCAGAGGGGAUUCCCUGCGGCAACAGGGAGGGGCGGCGGCGCCGGCUCCGUCGCUCCGCCGCCCUCUUCUUUCUCCUCAUCCUCGUCUUCGUCCAACCAUCUCAACCAACCGCCUUUGUUGCCGAAUCGGAGGUGAUGCGCUGAAUGCUUGUUGGCAAAAUUUUUGUCGUCAGUUCUUGUUUGAUCUGCUGUUAGGGAUCUCUGAAAGUUGCGUUUUUUCUGGCAAUCUCUUGUGUGCGUCCUUGGUUGGAUUGUGUUUGCAGCGUCAAGAAGUCUGGGAGUGGACAUGGAGGGCAUUCUAGGGUGAAUCCCAGUGGCAUGAGUUCUGAGGUUGUUGGAUCUGCUGCCCCUGUCUCUUCGAGCUUCCAUGGUGCUCGAGAUGGUGGUCACACACGAGGCUCUUCUCAUGGUAUGGAUUUUUUAUAUCUCAAAUGAUGUAAGAUUUUCUUCAGAUUUAGGAGCGCCGGAACUUUGGCAUCGGCAAAAAUAUUAAGCCGUCAAAUCCUUGGAUUAUAGCUUGAGUACGAAGAUAUCAGGGGUGGUGAUUGAUUAUGCUUUCUUAUUUAGGGGCGCCGCCUUUUCCAGGGCACAAUGCUGCGAAGCCAGCAGAUUCAUCUGCUUUGGGCAGUGCCAGGGGGCACUCAAGGCCUCCACCACCUCAAUCCUCAGCUGGAGAUUCGGAUUCUGCCAAACACAUGACCCCAGCCAAAGGUUUGCUCAACUACCAUCCCGCUUAAUUGUUGAACAUAUGUGCUUGCAGUUUCUGAAACUUGACUAUGCUUGCUGUUAUUUCUGCUCCUUUCAACUACAUGCAUGUUGGACACCACGUAUUCUAAUUGCCUUUGUUUGAUUUUAUUAGGAGAUGCGUCAAAGGGAUUUACUCUUCAAUUUGGAUCGAUUAGCCCGGGAUUCGUCAACGGGAUGCAGGUUAUCUUUCUCUUAAAUUUUCGAUUGAGAUGUUGUCCACAGAUUUUCCAUAUUUAGAUUCCAUUUUUAUCUAAUUAGAUUUUUUAAAAUGUUUUAAACUUGUGUUCAUGCAGAUUCCGGUGCGUACCAGCUCAGCUCCGCCCAAUUUAGAUGAGCAGAAACAUGACCAGGUUCAUCCUAAUUGAACUUUUUCGCAAGUGUGGGCCAGCACCAGCCGUUAACAUAGAAUUAGAUAUAUUACGAGGACAUGAUUUGUGGGAUACUGGAAUGGGCAUUUUUUUCUUAAUUUUUUUAUUCUUCCACGGCAUGCCUGCUUUGUAACUAUUUUCUUUCAUGAUUUUUUUACCCAACGUCAUUGGUUUUGUUUGGACCCAUUACCUGUUGUCAAUAGUUUAACUGCAUAUUACUGGUACAAAUAUUUAGGCCGAAACCCUAUGUACGUGAGAGACCAGGAAUUUUGCGUAUCAAUAUUGCUGCAUAUCAAUAUUUUUAAGGCUUCUGGAGAUUUGGAUGGCAUUUUUUCUCCCCGGAAUUUCUUUCAUUUCCUUCUUGAAUCAGCAUGGGUUGGUAACUCAAGUUAAUCAUGAUUCUUUUCAGGUGCCUUCAGGGUCCAUACCGUCUGUGCCUAAGAUGCAGCAUCAGCAGCCUAAGAAGGAUGUGGUUGCUAACCAUAGUGCUGUGGGAGAUUCAUAUCCUCCCACUCAGGCAAAGAGAGACAUACCUGUGCAUGUACCUGGAGCCCCCUCCUUGGGCCCCCAAAAGUCCUCUGUGGUGCCCAUGCCUGGAAUGUCUUUGCCGGGGGGAUAUCAACAGGCGCAAAUUCCUAUACAGUUUGGUGGCCCUACUCCCCAGAUGCAGUCUCAAGGCGUCGCAGGUAGUUCGCUACCGAUUCCAGUAUCAUUAUCCAUGGGAAACACACAAACAGUUCAACCGCAGAUUUUUGUGCCAAGCUUUCCACCACAUACGUAUCAACAAGGGAUACAUCAAGGGCUUGGCUUCCCUCCACAGAUUGCCCCUCAGCUUGCUUCCCAAAUGGGUAACCUGAGAGUGGGUAUGCCUCAGCAAUAUGCACCACAGCAGGAUGGAAAGUUUGUGGGGCUUCGCAAGAACCCUGUGAAAAUAACUCAUCCAGAUACCCAUGAAGAAUUGAGGCUUGACAAAAGAACAGAUUCCUAUGUAGAUCCUGUUUCAUCAGGACAAAGGCUACAGCACUCUAAUGUCCCAUCUCAGACCCAGAAUGUUUCCCCAUUUGGUCCUAGUCACCAAAUGAAUUACUACCAACCCCUGCAGCCUGGUUCUUUCAACCCUAGUGGUUACUAUUUGCAGACCCCAGCCUCUGUUGCUUUGACAAGCUCCCAAAGCGGUACACAGGCUGCAAGGUAUAAUUACCCAAUAGGUCAGAGUGGUUCAACCGUUCCAUUUAUGAAUCCACCAGUUAUAAAUCAUAUGUCUGUUGGUAUGGCAAGAUCCCAGCCACAUACCAAUUCUGAAUCAAUAAACCUCGAUCGCUCCAAUGAUAGUCCUGCUAUCUCAGUUUCUGUGCCAUCAGCUCCUGUUCAGGUGACGGUGAAGCCACCAACGGGCUCAGCUAUGGAUAAGUCAGGGGUCCCUCUAGUAACUAUUAGUAAACCCCCUGACAAGGAGGAGACACCCAGUUUACCCAAACCUCCUGGGGAAGGUGCUCCUAUCCAUCUGCAAACAGGGGAACCAGAGGGCACUUCUGAGAUCUAUGUUCAGUCAUCGAAAGAUGCCUCUAGGUCUUCUGUUGACAUUAAAUUGUCAGAGAAGGAAAGCCAUGUUUCUUCAAAGUCUUCUGUGGGUCUAACACAAAGGAUCCAGGUCAGCACUUCAGCUGCUCCUGUGACGGAUUCUCAGUCUGAUGCACCGAAGUUAGAUGGUAAAAAGAGAGAUUCAUUUAAAAAACAUGAUCCUUUUAAGGAUCACCAGAAAAAGCCAAGUAAGAAGGACAUUCAGCAGUUACAACAACAGCAGCAGGUAUGCUAUUCAUCUCCUCUGAAUGACUAAAGUCUUUCUCUGCAGCAAGAUUUUUUUUUUUUUUCUUUUUUUUUUGAGUAUGUUGCCUUGUUGAUCUACUGCAGACCAAUGCCUCAGAUUCUGUAGCAGUGCAGUCCCAGAAAGCCCACAGAGAGGAUCCUCCUUUAGAGACAAAUGUUAGUUCCUCAGUCAAAUUUCCUGACGAUGUUAGCACAGGUGAAAAACCGGACGAAACAUCAAUGGGUACCUCAAUUUCCUCUUCUCCAAGAGAGGAACGCAGUAAUUCAGAAGCUGAUGCGUUUGCUGUUAGCAACGGUAAAGAAAUCUCUGAGUCUCUAAACUCCUCUGUUAUCAUUGUGGAAAAAGAAGUGUUGGAAGAUAUUUCUCCUACAAUUUCUGAUGCAUCUGAAACUGUUAGUGACAAUACGCCAUCUCGGAAGUAUGCUCCUUUGGAGGCAUCAAUGUCUUGUGAUGUUGAGGCAGGUGUAGAUAUAUCCAAGGAUUUGAGUUCUGAGGUGCUUCGUGAUCAGUCUCAACUGGAGCCUGAGAGUAAAGAAGAGCCUGUGUUAGUCGUGAGGCCCAAGGAAACCAAGAUAUCGGAUGUCUCCUCUGAAGACAAUAAAGUUGCAGAAGAACAUCCGGACUUGCCUGUUGAGCUUUCUGCUAGCACAGAUAAAAUUGAAGAUUUAUCCGAAGGCGCAGUAGAGAAUAAUAUCGCAGAGGAAGCUGUGUGUAACAACAACUCAAGUGAGUCAAAACCAACGGAGGAAGAGCAGAUUGAGGUGGUGGGUGUAACAACAACUCACGAUGCUUCAGAGGUCAACGAGGAAGUGGAGAGUUUAGUUGAUAGCCUGUCUAAAAUUAGUUGUGUGGAUGAUUCAGUCACUGAAGUUUCGAAGCCUGAGUCUAUUGAUUUGGAUGGAACAUCUUCAAAUCAACUUUCUGAUGUUGAUGGAAAUUCAACUUUAGAUGCCACUGACGAAAAAAAUAUAACGACAAGCAACCUGGAGGCUUCUUCAACCGACUUGAAUGUGGCAGACUCUGAGACGGGCUCUUAUUCUGCCAUAGGUUCACUUGAGAAACCUGAGAAGGUCGCAGACAUGUCAAGUAGCGGCCUCCCUGGCUCUGCUUCCUCCACAGAAAGAAAGGAAAAGCAGACUCAAGAACUGACCCGAUCAAAGUCUACCCCUGCGAAGAAGAAAAGGAUGAAGGACGUUCUUUCGAGAGCUGAUGCUGCUGGUACCAACUCUGAUUUGUACAUGGCUUACAAGGGGCCAGAAGAAAAAAGAGCCACUGACGCCACCUCAGCAUCUGUUGAAAGCGUUCCCACAGUUGAGGAUGCCAAGGAGAUGGGUUUGGUUGACCCUGGGAAGGAUGAUUCGCUGAGUAAGAAAGAUGAGCAGAGCAAGGUAGAGCCAGAUGAUUGGGAGGAUGCUGUAGACAUCUCCAGUCCAAAUUUGAGUACAUCAGAGGAUGGGCGCGCGGGCCGUGGAAAGAAAGUCCUUGACGAUGGUGGAAUUGGGGGCGCCAAUAGGAAGUACUCCAGAGACUUUUUGUUAACGUUCAGGGAGCAAUGCAUUGAUCUUCCAAUGGGCUUUGAGAUAGGGGCUGAUAUCGCCGAUGUUGUGAUGAUUGGCCAGGCUGGUACUCCUCACAUCUAUGACCGGGAACCAUUUCCAAGCCCUGGAAGGAUCAUAGAUCGGCCUUCUGUUUCUAUUCGGGACCGUCGGCCUUCCAGUAAUCUGGAUGACGACAAGUGGACGAGGGGCUCUGGACCUUAUGGUUCUGGACGCGACCUUCGAGUCGAUGUUGGAAACUUCCGCUCUGGGCAAGUCGGCCAUGGUGUCUUAAGACAUCCUCGGGUGCAGCCGAAUGCUUAUCCUGGUGGGAUUCUGUCCGCCCCUGUGCAGGCCGUUCCAUCUUCAGGAGGUAUUUCCCGGGUCAAUUCCGAUUCUGACAGGUGGCAGCGUGGAACUGGAAUCCAGAGGGGUCUGAUCCCGUCCCCCCAGGCUCCAUCCCAAGUUAUGCACAAGGCUGAGAAGAGGUAUGAAGUGGGCAAGGUGUCCGAUGAAGAACAGGGAAAGCAGAGGCAACUGAAAGGAAUUCUCAAUAAGUUGACCCCUCAGAACUUUGACCGAUUGUUUCAACAGGUCAAGGAAGUCAACAUCGAUAAUGCAGGCACUCUCACUGGUGUCAUAAAUCAGAUCUUCGACAAGGCUUUGAUGGAGCCGACAUUCUGUGAGAUGUAUGCGAACUUCUGUUUCCAUCUAGCCAGUGAGUUGCCUGAUUUCUGUGAGGACAAUGAGAAGAUUACCUUCAAGAGGCUUCUCCUCAACAAGUGCCAGGAGGAAUUCGAAAGAGGAGAAAGGGAGCAGGAUGAAGCUAGCAGGGACGUAGAUGGUGAGACCAGACGAUCGGCAGAGGAAAGGGAGGAGAAGAGGGUCCAAGCUCGCAGAAGAAUGCUAGGGAACAUUCGCUUGAUUGGUGAGCUGUACAAGAAGAAGAUGCUCACCGAGAGGAUCAUGCAUGAGUGCAUAAAGAAGCUGCUGGGUCAGUAUCAGAGCCCGGAUGAGGAAGAUAUAGAGGCCUUGUGCAAGCUGAUGAGCACGAUAGGAGAGAUCAUCGACCAUCCCAAGGCGAAGGACCACAUGGACGCAUAUUUUGAGAUGAUGGCGAAGCUGUCGACCAACCAGAAACUAUCGUCCAGAGUGAGAUUCCUUCUGAGGGAUGCGAUCGAUCUCAGGAAGAACAAGUGGCAGCAGAGGAGGAAGGUAGAGGGGCCGAAGAAGAUUGAGGAGGUGCACAGGGACGCAGCCCAGGAGCGGCAUGCUCAGACAAGCAGGUUGUCUCGUGGGCCUGGCAUGGGUUCUAGCGGAAGAAGGGGCCCACCACCUGUUGACUAUGGUCAACGAGGACCAAAUAUACUCCCGUCUCCAGGCUCCCAGUCCGUCAGUGGCCGUGCUUUCCCACCUCAGAGCCGUGGUUUCUCUGCCAACCAAGAUGUCCGAAUGGACGAUCGCCAUCCUUAUGAGGCCAGGACCUUGUCAGCAUUGCCACAGAGACCCACCGGUGACGACUCCAUUACCCUUGGUCCCCAAGGAGGCCUCGCCAGGGGGAUGUCGAACAGAGGGCAGCCCCUCGUGUCGACUGCCCCCUCACCCAAUGCUCCUUCAAGCGCCAUAGAUUCUCGAAGAUCAGCUUCCAGUUCUAAUGGCUUUGGGGGUCCUUUGUCAAGAGAUGAGCCCCUGCCGCGGCACCUGCAAGACAGAAGCUCAGGAAGACUGCACGAUCUAUCAAGUACGGGCGUCCAAGAUCGUGGCCCCUAUAUUAGUAGCAGAGACGUCAUCAGCGCGGAUGCUCCUUCUGAUAGGCCCUCUCUAGGUGCCGGACCUCCUGGGCCCGGACAGGCUAGCUCGAUUGGGAGUGAUAAUGCUUCUGAAUCUAGACCGCUGUCUGAAGAACACCUCAGAGAGAAAUCCAUCUCAGCAAUAAGAGAAUUUUACAGGUACUGUGCCCUGAUCCCUCGCCUGAAGUUCUUGCUCUGCUCAUCUUCCUAUAUGAUUCAUUUAGAAAAUCAGAGCUACUGCUCUGUGGUUCUCGCAGCUGGCUGCUUAGAAUUGCUGAACUAGCCUUCAGACCAACACGUAACCCUUUUUUUCAUAAAUUUCGUCUCACCUGCUCUUUGCCUUAAACACUCCAGAAGAUAACUUAGAUACCUUCUCGCUCCUUUCUCACUGUAGAGAGAGAAAGAGAGGGGAGGUGGGGAAGGGAAGGAAGGGCCUCCAAUAUACAGUGUAGAUUGAACUAGCUGAUGAUCCUGCGGUCCUCCAAAAGUUCAUCAUCAAGGGAUCCGCAUCUUUUACCUAGAAAAGGAAGUUUAGGAUCCUCGGAUCCUCGAUUAUUCAUAAAGUUCUGCGCAUUAUGGGGAACUUUCUUUAAGUCUUUCGAAUUUCCCACCCCUGUGAUUAGAUUGUAAGCAGAGUCUUGGUAACAUAGUUGCAUAUUCAUCUAUUUAUUGUGAUCAUUCAAGGUUUGCAUCCGCCAGCCGGGUCACACCAGACAGCAGCAAACAGAGGAGUCGCCAAUAAAUGGGGACUCAUAUUUCAUCUUACUUUACAUUUAUUUAUUUAUUUUACUUGGAAUGUAAAGUUGGCCAUUUUAGUUUCUCUCUCUACCCUCCAAUUGAUUCCACGAUUCUGCAAAAUUCAUGUCUCUGCAGCGCAAAGGACGAGAAGGAGCUGACACUGUGCGUCCAAGAGCUGAGCCCCCCGAGCUCCUACCCUUCCGUGGUUUCGCUGUGGAUCUCCGACUCCUUCGAGCGGAAGGACGGCGACCGGGAUUCCCUCUCCCAGCUCCUCGUCCAGCUCUCCAAGCCCCACCACGGCCUCCUCUCCCAGACCCAGCUCUCCGAAGGGUACAAAACUCUCUAUACUUGACCAAAGUUUUCCAUUUAUAUGCAUGCAUCUUUAAUAAACUCUCUAUAAUUCACCAAAGUGUGACCAUUUAUAGUGCAUUCAUCUAAAAUGAACAGCUCUCUAUAUUUGACCAAAGUUUCCCCAUUUAUAAGCGUUCAUUUAUAAUUAACAGCUUUCUAUAAUUCACCAGAGUAUUACCAUUUAUAUGCAUUCAUCCGUUAUGAUCAUCUCUUUAUACCCGAUGUUUUCCCAUUUAUACCCACAUCUAAAAUGAGCCACUCUCCAUAAUUCACCAAAGUUUUCCACCAAAGUUUAUAGACACAUACGUAUAUAAUAGACUGUCUAUAUUUCACCUAAUUCUUCCGAUUUAUAUGCAUUCAUCUAUGAUGAGCUCUCUAUAAGUCACCGAAGUUUUCUCAUUUAUACGUAUACAUAUAUAGUGAACAACACUCUAUAAUUCACCAAAGUUUUCCCUUUUAUACCCAUCCAUCUAUACUGAACUGCUCUUUACAAUUCACCACCAAAGUUUUCCCAUUUAUACACACAUCUAUAAUGAACAACUCUGCAAUUCACCAAGAUUUUCCUAUUUAUACAUACACGAGUAUCUAUAACGUUGAUUGGUUUAUUUGCUCAUGGGUGAGCAGGUUCAGGAGGGUGUUGUCUUCUCUGGAGGACACCGCGACGGAUGCGCCGAGAGCCGGGGAGUUCUUCGGGCGGAUGCUGGCGAAGGUGGUGAUGGAGGGCGUCAUGUCGCUGGCGGAGGUUGGGAAGCUGAUCGAGGAAGGCGGGGAGGAGCCGGGCCGGUUGGUGGAGGUCGGCCUGGCGGGGGAUGUGUUCGGCGCCGCCUUGGAGAUGAUGAGGGCGCAGAAGGGGGAGGAGUACGCAAAGGAGGCCUGCUUGGGCUCCGGAAUUCAGCUGGAGACCUUCCGGCCGCCACAUCCCUUCCGGUCGCAGAAGCUGGAGCCGUUCCUCCAUAGCUGA